AAGAGGAAGGAGGAGAAGGCGAAGGCCUUGUGUCAUCUUCUGCAUCGUAUGACGUGGAACACAUUGACGGCAACCUCCCCAGACGGCGGCGAUGAAUCUUUACGCACACGAUCUCACCCUCCUCGACUUCAAUAUCAACUUUUCCGAUCCGGUCUUCGAUUCCCUCACUCGCCCCUCUCAGAGAUCCUCUCCUGAUUCGAUCUCAGCUGAUGGUAACUCUCCCGUGUCAAAUCCCAGCCCUCCAAGGUACCGGCAUGAUGGCUCCUCGCCCCUCCCCCUCGGCAUGGAUUGGAGCCCUCCCCCUCGGAAAUGGGAUGGACAAGACUCCAUUUGGCCACAUGAUCCUUGCACAGGGUGGAGUUACUGUGUGACAAUUCCUUCUUGGGUUGUUAUUCCAAAAUCAAGAGGUUCAGAUCCUGUUGUGUUUUACAGGGUUCAAGUUGGCAUACAGUCUCCAGAAGCGAUCACUACUACACGAACAAUAUUAAGAAGAUUUAAUGAUUUCUUGAAGUUACUUUCUGAACUUCAAAAAGCAUUUCCCAAGAAAAAUCUGCCUCCAGCUCCUCCGAAAAGGCUUCUGAGAAUGAAAAGCAGGAUGUUGUUAGAAGAGAGAAGGUGUGCUUUGGAGGAUUGGAUGGAGAAGCUCCUAUCUGAUAUUGAUUUAUCAAGAAGUGUUCUAGUGGCAACCUUUCUAGAGCUAGAAGCUUCUGUGAGGUCUGCAUUCUAUGAUUCAAAUCAGCAAAUUUCAGAUGCAAAUGCUUCUGGUAGUGGCAUGUUUCCAUCAUUACAACUCCAACCAAACUCUGAUUAUGGUAGUGAUACAGCUUAUGAGAGAUCUGAGCUUGGAACACCGAGGUUCUCUGAUCUUGGCAUGGAAAAUUUUACAUCUGACCAUGACAUAACUGGUACAAUAGAAACUGCUGGAAAAUAUGGGAUGUCUGAUAAUGGUAGUGGUACGCUAGUGGGAGACUUCAUUCUAAAGAGCUUAGAAAGGUUUUCUAAACAUAGGAUGCUUUUGAAUAGAGAUAAUAGUGUUGCAGAAAAGGAUAAAGUUAGUGAAGGAACUUUAAGAGCUGCAAAUGAUCAUGGGGGUGGAAUGCAGCUUUUAUCUGAUGUGGAGGAUUGCAAGCCAGCUGGCCAUGUUCGUAGAUUGUCAACAGAGAGUGUUGGAAGUGAUGUAAGUUCUGUUAGACAUAGCGAAAUUUCAAAUUUAGGGGUGGCCAAUUCAUUUGGUGAUGGCUCCACUGACAUUCUUGAAGGUGCUGAAGCUCCAAGAACCAUGGAUGCUCCUGUUAAGCCAGAUUUACAGGUCUCUAGUGACUUAGUAGUGGCCCUUCCAUCGGAAGAGCAACAUAAAAUGAAUAGGGUUCUUACCACCAUGCGACGGCGGCUAGCUGCAGCUAGAACAGACAUGGAGGAUCUUAUAGCAAGAUUGAAUCAAGAAGCUGCUGUGAGACAGUACCUUACAACCAAGGUCAAGGAUUUGGAAGUGGAACUUGAAACUACUAAACAGAAUAGUAAAGAAAGCUUGCAGCAAGCUGUAUUAAUCGAAAGGGAAAGAUUUACACAAACACAGUGGGAUAUCGAGGACCUUCGAAGUAAAUGUUUGGAGUUGGAGCUGAAGUUGAAGUCUGAACAGGAUGAAAAGUUGCUUAUAGCGUCAACAAAAGCAUCCAUCAUUCAGGAGAAUGAAAUGUUGCUGCAGGAGUUGGAUGUUGCUAGAGAACAGUUUGAAAACCUGCAGAAACAUCAAGAAGAGUCAGAGGCAAAAUCAAAAGCAGAUAUAAAACUCCUUGUUAAAGAAGUAAAAUCUCUCCGUGGUUCUCAGUCAGAAUUGAAGCAAGAGCUGAGCAAAUUGAUGAAGGAAAAAAUUGAAGUAGAGAGAGUUCUUCAAAAGGAAAAGCAGAGAAGGGAAUUUGUAAAUUCUGCUAACACAAAGUUGCUGCAUGAAUGUGAAAUUCUCCGCAAUCGGCUUCAAGAAUGCAGUGUGAAUUUCCUUGUUGAAGAAGAAGAUAAAUUAAUUAUGGAUACUUCAUCACCGUCUGAUGCUAUAGAUCUGCUGACAACAUCGGACAAUCGAAUUGGUCUUCUACUUGCAGAGGCACAGCUCCUUGCGCAAGACGUGGAAAAUGCUCUUGUAGCAGAGGGUAGAAGCCAGAAUAGCAAUAAUGGUGACACAAGAACUAAGGACGACGAGUUGAGGAAAAUGCUAACAGAUAUUUUCAUCGACAAUGCCACAUUGAGGAUGCAGGUUAACUCUGUCAUCAGAUGUGCCCUCAAUAAUCCUGACAAAUCCGAGCAAGAUGAGGAGGAAGAGGAAGCCCCAUUGAGAAAAACUGUACUAAGCAAGUUCUUGGAAAGAUGACAUGCAAGUAAUACUGUAAAUUAAUGUGUUUUUUUUUUUUUUUUUUUUUUUUUUUUUAUAAUAUGGCGAGGACUUGCCUACCGUCCAAGCAAAUGCCAAAGUAAUCCCAAAGAAGCCGACUGUAUACUGUGUGUGUCUGUAACUAGUAAGUAUAAUAUAGGAUGCCAGUUUUGUUACCCCAACAAGGAUGCUUCUUGAACUCUUUUAUGUAAAUUAUGCACUCCAAUUUGAAAAGGAAAUCCACUCAAUACAGGAAAAUUUAUGGGAA